UUUGACAUUUAGAUUUGUUGUCCUGUCCCGUCUUGUCGAAUUGGAAUUUCCGAAAGCAUAAGUUUUUACAGUUUUGAGGCCGGAUCUGGAAUCUCCAAAUCAUGCCGGUGGUGGAGCUGAGCGUGGACCGCAGCCUGGUGUGUCCGAGCUUCGAUGGCUACAAGCUGUCCUUCGAUCCGGUGCCGGUGCUCCGUCAGGACCUGGAUAGCGAUCCCCUCGUCCAGGAGCCGCACGCCAAUCAGUACUCGCUGCUGCACGUGGAGCUCUUCGGCCGGCACAAUCACCUGGUGGCGGAUCCCUGGCGGCGCCACUGCAGCUACUACAUGACCGCGCGCCACCAGCUGAUGCAGUGCGACUACGAUCCGCAAAGUGGUCAGGCGCUUGGUCAGCGUGUCGUCUUCUCGCUGGAGUACCGCGACCAGGGCGACGGUCAUCAGCAUUUGGCAGGCGACUACAACUACACGAUCGCCUUCGUUUCGGAGCGCUUCUGUGUGAUCUGCGAUGGAAUGACCUCGUACCACCUGGUGGACACGGGCGAUCGAUCGCGUUCCGGGGCGCAGAACUGGGAGCGGAUUGCCCGAACGCCGGUGGAUCAGAGCAGCGAUCAGCGCGGCUUUGCCCUGUUCGAUGCCCGGCUGGAUGUGGUGCAGGAGCGCAAGCAAAUCUCCCUGGUGGCCGGCCAUGUGGCACGAAGGGAGGCUGUCUCGUCGCGGCAGGAUCAUCAGACGCAUGUCUACUACAUGGCCCUCACCUGGGCACGCUGGUCGCAAUCGUCGGCUGCCGGUGGCGAGUGGUCAUAUGCCGUCUGCCAGCGUCUGGAGACCACGGGCUCUGUGCACUAUUGCGCCUUUGAGCCGCGCGCCGAGUCCCUGAUCCUGGCCAGCAAUCGCGAGGUGCAGACGCCCGAGCAGCGACAGGCGGCCGAAGAAGCCGCUGCAAAUGCCCCACCUGCAGUUCCUGCGGAUGAGCAGCUGCAACAGCCAUACCACUUUUCCCAGACGGCGGACAAGGUGCUCAUCCGCUUGGAAGUGCCCAGCGGUGCCUCCAAGGACGAGUUCAACGUGCGCUGCACGCCCAGCAGUCUGGCGGUGGAUUAUGCGGAUCAGGAGAUCUUCAGCGGUGAGCUGUACGCCAAUGUCAACGAGGAUUUCAUCAAUUGGUCAUUAGAGGAACUCCUGGAAGUGUCGCUGUCCAAGGCGGAGCAAAAGGAAUGGCCCAGAUUGCUGGCACAGAACGAAGGCGAGGCAGCUGCGCCGCUGCCCAUUCCCAAUCUAGAGGAUCCCAUCGAGGAAUGCGAUUUGGGGCUGCCCGACGAGGACUUUAAGAUGGUACGCUUCAAUCUGUCGACUGGCAGCAUCACGCACACCAUUUUCCUGGGCUCCACACCGCUGCUUUUCUCCGCCACACUGCGUCCCGGGUUUCCGGCCGCCUUUGCCACGCGCCAGGGCGUCGAUGCCUCCAUUUGGCUGCAGAUGCACCAGCCCAGUCGCCCCGACGAGUGGAGCGUCCGGCACGAGGGACAACUGCACGCCUUCGGCUAUGUGCAGGCCUCCAAGGAGCAGCGCAAGUUCACCGGCUGCUGUCCGGAGCUCGAGUACGUGGCCAUCUGCGAGAGCAUCCGGCAUGUGCUCGUCUACCGGCCGCGCCACGACUCCGCCGGCGGUCUGCGCAAGCGCAACGGUCCGCCCGUCACCGUCGGCAAGCAGAACCUCAUCACUUUGGACUACACGGUCGGCGAGAUCCUGGGCAUGUCCACGGCCAGCAAUGUGCUCACCAUUCUGACUAGGCACGCCCUGCUGCACCUGCAGGUUUAGGUUCGGACUUUUCUAUUUUUACUUACGUUCACAAAUUUCCCGUUGGGCGGACAAUAAAUGCAUUUCGUUGAGCAAUCAAUGCCCUCUAAAUUACAAUACUGAAAUGUACUUCAGGGAAUUGUUUUCAAUAUAUUUUGAAAAA